CAGGCAAAGACAUUCUCCUCCUAAGAUUGCUGGGGCAACCGGGACGUAUGCAUGAGAUGGGAGGAGGGAGGCUGCCGGAAUGACUUAUGAUAUUCUUUGAGUUGUUGUGAGCUAUAUAAAGUGGUACAACCCAUGUGCUCUCCCACUAUCACUACCCCCUGCACACACUCUCUCUCUGUGAUAAAACUUCAUGAGGCAGAAGAGCUUCCUGGCUGGACGCAGCUCAAGGGUCCGAAAAUUGCAAUGGAAAUAGAAACUGCCCAGGAAAAGUCCAGCAAAAUGCAACCCCAGCCAAGGAAAUGUUGGAGACAAUUCUCCGGAGCCCUGAGUUAUAUCACAGGAGAUAUGAAGGCAUAUGGAGACUGGCUGAAAGAUAAGCCCCUGGUUUUCCAGUUCAUCGACUGGGUCCUGCGAGGUGUAUCUCAAGUGAUGUUUGUAAGCAACCCCCUCAGUGGGCUGAUCAUGCUUGUUGGAUUCCUUGUCCAGAGCCCAUGGCUGACCAUCACCUGCUGCUUAGGAGCCAUUAUCUCUACAUUAACAGCUCUUCUCUUGAGCCAGGACAGGUCAGCCAUUGGAGCUGGGCUGUAUGGCUACAACGGAGUCCUGGUGGGAAUGCUCAUGGCAGUCUUUUCGGACAAAGGCAGCUAUUACUGGUGGCUUUUACUUCCUGUAGCUCUCAUGUCCAUGACAUGUCCUCUUUUCACAAGUGCCUUAGGGUCACUCUUCAGCAAGUGGGACCUGCCCGUAUUCACCCUGCCCUUCAACUUUGCACUGACUCUCUUCGUAGCUGCAAACGGCCAUCACAGCCAUUUCUUCCCCACAACGCUGAUUCAGCCUAGAACUUCAGUGCCCAACAUCACUUGGUCAGAACUCCAGGUGCCUUUGCUUUUGCAGUCUAUCCCAGUAGGAGUCGGGCAGGUGUAUGGCUGUGACAACCCUUGGACCGGAGGCAUCAUCAUGGUGGCCCUGUUCCUUUCCUCCCCUCUUAUCUGCAUUCAUGCUGUGAUUGGCUCAGCAGUGGGGGUGCCGGCAGCCCUGAGCAUGGCAUCUCCUUUUAACAAAAUUUACGAUGGCUUGUGGAAUUACAACAGCUGCCUCUCCUGCAUCGCAAUAGGAGGCAUGUUCUACGCCCUCACCUGGCAGACCUUUCUGUUGGCCAUUGCUUGUGCUCUGUCUACUGCCUAUGUGGGAGAAGCACUGGCCAAUAUAUUUUCUGUGCUUGGACUGCCCUCAGGGACGUGGCCUUUCUGUGUAACAUCGCUCACUUUCCUGCUCUUAAGCACCAACAAUGAUGCCAUCCACAAACUGCCUCUCUCCAAAGUGACUUACCCAGAAGCCAACCGAGCCUAUUACUUGACCAGAAAUGAGACGCCUCCCAAAUCUACCUGCGACGUGUAACAGACUAAAUUGCUGGUGUUUUUGUUAUUGCCACAAAAAGAGGCAGCAUGUGAACUUCCCAAGGAAGAACAAAUACAAAAACAAGCACUGAACAGACAAGCCGGAUAAUUUUAAAUGGACUUCAGUAUCCAUUUUAUAUUGUAAAUAUCUUCACCCGGAUUUGGAAGAUGCAGAAUUCAAUGCAUACUUCAAGCAGAAGUGAACACAAUAUCCAAUAUAUCCAUGAUGUUUAUGAAGCUAAGGAGAGUUUAGAUCCAGAAUAGUCAAUUGGCUGUUUAUGGACCCAAACCGGCCCCUGCAGCUAUUUUACCUGACACCACCAAAGUUCUAAUAACAGGAGUGGUGUUUUUUUUUUUUUUUAAUGCCUAUUGUGUUAUUUGUAAGGAGAAGGUGGGAAAGAGGCAAUAAUUCAUGCAUUCAUUUUACAUCUCCCUUUUGAAUUUAGAGUGUAAUGCCUUAGCUAUGCCUAAACAUAUGUACUCCAUAUCUGUGAAUUCCAUCCUGCUGGAAGGCACCAGUGUUGUUAUAAAGCCUGAACAGUUGCACAUGUGCUAAUUUAUGUGAAAAAAAUAAACUUUCAAACUCCAGAAUAAUCUGUCUGGAUCACAGAGUGGCCCCUAACAAUAUAGAUGUCAGCCAUCUCUGGUUUAGAUGAUGUUGAAUUGAGAUGGCAUCUUUUUGACAAAAAGAAAGCCAUGAGUGAGGAGCAUUUUGUAAAAAAAAAAUUUUAAUGACAUUAAUUGUUGUCAUUUAUUUUGUUUUAACUAAUGUUUUAACUUUUUCUGUUGUUCGUUUUGCUUUGCUAUAAACCACCCAGAGACGUACGUUUUGGGCGGUAUAAAAAUAUGUUAAAUAAGUAAAAAUAAAUAAAAUUGUGUGCA